CGUAUCGUCCAUCGGCGUUUCCUUAACUUAACUUCCGGCCUAGAAAAUCGCGACUUCCUAAGAACCCACCCGCAGGCAGCCGAAUAUGGAGGGCUUCAUCCCUAUCACCCUAGCUAUCGCCUGGAAAGCCUCAAUAUUAUCUUCUUCAGCCGUGUUAUCAUUUGAACUGCCUAAUGACCCUAGGUCUGCCCCUCCUCCUCAAGGUUACCCUCCCUCCUCCCGCGUCGAAACACGGCUUCGCAUCGUAGGGGCCUUGUAGCAGAGCGUAUUUCGUAAACACGAUUUGAUAUGGUUGAGAUUAAAUCUCGUGAGGUCCGCUCUGAAGUAUUUUCAAGAUGGAAAAAACUUUGGCAUAGACGAGUUUUUUUCGGACUAAUAGCGAGCUUCGGAGAGCGCUCAUAUGAUAUGAG